AUGGAUCAGCGGUUGUUCCCGACUGUAACCGAGCGGGAGUUCAUCGAGCACGCCUUGGACUCGGGCCUCCGCGUCGAUGGCCGCGGCCCCUUCGACUUCCGGAACCUCAAAAUCGCGUUCGGCAGGGAGGAUGGCUCGGCGGAGGUGGAGCUCGGCGAAACGCGCGUGAUGGGCUAUGUUACCGCCCAACUGGUCCAGCCGUACAAGGAGAGGCCUAACGAAGGGACGCUAGCUAUAUUCGCCGAGUUCUCGCCCAUGGCUGAUCCUGCCUAUGAGCCCGGGCGACCUGGGAAAGCAGCGAUUGAGCUGGGUCGUGUCAUCGAUCGCGGCCUAAGGGAGAGCCGAGCCGUGGAUCUGGAGUCCAUGUGUGUUGUUGCCGGGAAGCAUGUCUGGUCUCUGCGUGUCGACCUUCACGUUCUGGGCAAUGGGGGGAAUCUAAUUGAUGCGGCUAACAUCGCUGCAUUGGCAGCUUUGUCGACAUUCCGAAGGCUAGAAUGCACUGUUGGUGGGGAUGAUGGUCAGCAACUUACAAUUCAUGACCCUGAUGUCAGGGAGCCACUUCCGCUAACAAUCCACCACCUCCCCAUAGCUGUAACCUUUGCUUACUUUGGUGAUGGCAAUAUCAUGGUUGUUGAUCCAACAUUUAAGGAAGAAGCUGUUAUGGGAGGAAGAAUGACAGUUACGGUUAACUCGAAUGCUGAUGUCUGUUCCAUUCAGAAAGCUGGUGGAGAGGGUCUCAUUCCAAGUGUUGUAAUGCAGUGUUUAAGGAUUGCUUUACUUAAAGCUGCUGAUAUAACCAACGAAAUAAAAAUCAAGCCAUCCAUACUCCAAAUGAGUUUCAUUAAGCUCUCGCAGAAUCUUUCAGUUGAUAUAAGCAGCAUAUUUUUCUAG